AGGGAGUAUAUAUAUACCGUUUCUUAUUCUUACAAGUAUAUCAGCAAAGCAGUAGGUAUUUGCAACUGUCUAAUGCCACUCUGCUCUAAAUUGCUAUGCACAUUGCUGUCCACAAUCCACAUUGCUGUCAGUGGAUAUUAACUUUACUGAGGUUAAUUGCAUCUGUGCACUGAACUCACUGUGAUUCUUUAUCUGAAGCUAAACUAAUAUAUCUUAUGUCAGUUUCUACGGACUGAGGAACUAUCUUUAGCUUUCCAACGAGACUUCUACUAGCCUUUUGCUGUUAGUGCAUAUGAUGCUAAUGUUGGUGCUACUUUACCAAAGGCACAUCUUACUAGAAAACUGUUAUAAAGAAUGCUAGUCAAAUAGGUGCAGCGGGCAAGAUCCCUGAUAUCUUUCCUUUACCUUUCAACCACAUCUAGUAUUCAAAAUAGAUCAUUGUAGGGAUAUACAUAAUACAUCCACAUUGUACUUCUCGUUUGAUCAGUCAGUUCAGUUUGUGGUUUGAAGAUAGCAAGUCAUAAUAGUGCCAUGGACCGUAGUACUAUUUAGCUUAAGCUAGCUUUGUGUUGAUGCCAAAUAAUAAAAUUGAAAUGUUCAUCUGCAGAAGGGAUAUUGUAAUUUCUAAAGGGAGGUUUUACCUUAAUUGUCAACGUCUUAUGUAUUUGGUGUCAAUCAGUUCACUGCACUUGCUGUUCCACAUAUUGGCGGCAGCAUGGAAGUUUAACACAGAAACCUAUUCUUUUUCUCUUACAUAUUCAAACUAUGCUAGCUGUUACAAGCAUGAAAUGAAAUUAGAAAAAAAUAACAACUAUAAUACCACAUUUUUACUUUAAAUAUGAAAUAAUAUCUACAAUUUUAAAUAUCUUAUGGAAAAUGUACGACCCAAUUUGUCUUUUGGCAUUUGGAAUCCAGCUAAAGGCUACCAGAUAAUAUAUCCAGUACCCGCUUUCCUGAAACAUGAUUUGUAGUGCAUGAUACCUUCCCUAUGUUCUGUAGUAGCCUGGAAGGACACUUACCUAACAUUCUACCUGAUAGGUCCCUCUCAAAUAGCUAUGUUGUAGCUGGCCAAGCAGGCAUCACUAUUGUUAGUGAUGCAUGCUAGGUCCCGUUACAGAUGGCUUAUUGGCUGAUGUGUAAGUGAUUCUGUCAACCUAAUUUCUCCAACACAUGUUGUUUGCGUUCUGCACUAGCUAGCUUGCAAUUGUAACACUUUCUAAGGAUAUUUAGCUUCAACACAUGCAAUUCUUUCGUUUUUUCUUCAUAAAUUGACCUGUAAUCUGUCAAAUCAUACAUGCGUUGUGAUGGCACUACCCACAACCAGUUUUAACCACUGGACAGUACUCCCUCUCAUUGCAGUAUGUUUGUUUUGACCAGUAAACUUGCCCCUUUUCAUCAGUAUUUCUGUACCAAUCUCCUUGAUCCGCUUCUACAAAUAUCUGGAGUGCGUGUGUUUGCUGACUCUAUACCAGUCCAUGAACUAUUGAAGGAAUAACAUUCACUGCAGGAAGGGAGCACACUGACAUUGAAUGAAAAUUUGACCGACAGGAGGAAGUGCGGCCAUAAGAGGGUAUCCAUUGUUACUUUUGCAGGUGGGAGCCUCCAAGUGGAGAACAGGUAAAUGAGAGAGCUCAUGCAACUCAUCUUUCGUCAUCAGUUGAGGCUAGGAAAUGAUACCAUCGAGAGCAAAUUACUUCGUGCUGAUCUAUUUGUUAGGUAGGCGGUGAGAUCAGCAUCGAGCACUAGCGGCCACCAGCAGAUGCAUGUGGACCACAGCACCAUCAUCAUCCAGUACCACGGACGGAUGGCUGGCCGUGCAAGUCAGUCCACUUCGUACGACGCAAGGUGACUUUUCAGGUCUCACGCCUGCUCCUGCAUCCAUGACCAUCCCGAUGGCGCAUUCCUCACGGCCGACGUUGGGGUUCCCCCUCGGCACGGCGCUCCUGCUCCUCGUCAUCUUCUCCCUCAGCGGCAUCUUCUCGUGCUGCUAUCACUGGGACAGGCUCCGCUCCCUCCUCUGGUCUCGGCAUCCCGGCAUGCUCCAGGAAGGCCCACACACCGUCAUCUCAAUUGGAUCGGCGCCGAGCAAGGCUGCCUCCGAGCACAAGAGCGAGAAAGCAGGAAAGGAGUGCGGGUUGCCCGUGAUCAUGCCAGGGGAUAACAUCGCGAAGUUCUACGCGAGGCCCUGCCCGCACGAGGCGUGUUUAGCUGCAGCAGCAGCAGAGAAGGGCGAAGUCGAGGUGCAAGUCAGAUGUUCAGUUUCGUGAGACCGUCAGUAUCUGUAUAUGAAAUCGUAGUUAGGUGCUAGCGACUUAUGAUUGAUAGAUAGAUUGUAUAUACGCGAGCGACUUAUGAUUGAUGGAUUGAUUGUGUACUAGCAUGCAUUUUGACAGUUUUUAAGAAAAGAGGGGGAAAAAUGAGAACCUUUCAUGUGCAGAUAUGCAACCCGAAUAGUCCAGAAAAGGCGAUUUUGGUGUCAACAAACUAGCUGAAUAUUUAUUUUUCUUGUCAUGGAA